AUGUGGUGUACGUGGAAGGUGUUGGCAGUUUGCCUGCUGCUGCAAAGCAUUUCAAGGCUAUUCCGUGAACUCAAUUAUGUUUCGUUACCUUAUAAUGAACAAAAUUGCGUAGAUAAUAGAUUGAAGCAAAUGAUGCGCAUAUUGGCAAAAGCAUCAGCUAAAUACGAACGCUGUCUUUCAAUUUGUAGCUUCAAUAAUCCUAAACCACCACCACCACCGCAAUGGACCCCCACUUGGGCACCACCACAAUGGACUCCCACUUGGGCACCACCACAAUGGACUCCCACUUGGGCACCACCACAAUUGACCCCCACUUGGGCACCACCACAAUGGAACUCUACGUGGAGUCCACCUAACUCCACCUGGGCUCCUCCUCAAUGGAACUCAACUUUGGCUCCACCUAAUUCCACCUGGGCACCACCUCAAUGGAACUCUACUUGGGGUCCACCUAACUCCACCUGGGCACCACCUCAAUGGAACUCAACUUUGGCUCCACCUAAUUCCACCUGGGCACCACCUCAAUGGAACUCCACGUUGGGUCCAACCGACUCCACCUGGGCUCCUCCUCAAUGGAACUCAACUUUGGCUCAACCUAAUUCCACCUGGGCACCACCUCAAUGGAACUCCACGUUGGGUCCAACCGACUCCACCUGGGCUCCUCCUCAAUGGAACUCAACUUUGGCUCAACCUAAUUCCACCUGGGCACCACCACAAUGGAACUCCACUUUGGGUCCACCCGACUCCGUCUGGGCUCCACCUAACUCCACUUGGGCACCACCACAAUGGAACUCCACUUUGGGUCCACCGACUCCGUCUGGGUCCACUAACUCCACUUGGGCUCCACAAUGGAACUCCACCUGGGCUUUUCCUUACUCCACUUGGCUCCACCACAAUGGAACUCACCUGGGCUCCACCUAAUCCACCUGGGCACCACCACAAUGGAACUCCACCUGGGCUCCACCUAAUUCCACCUGGGCACCACCACAAUGGAACUCAACUUUAACUCCACCGAAUUCCACUUGGGCACCACAGUGGAACUCAACUUUGGCUCCUCCCAACUCCACCUGGGCUCCACCACAAUGGAACACUACUGUUGCUGGAAAUACAACAGAAGUAUCAAUCAACGCAACAGAGAGUGCACCAACUUCCGUCACUACUGAAAGCAUUACUGAUACUACCAGUCUACUUGGUAUCAAAGAGGCACCACCACAAUGGAACUCUACGUGGAGUCCACCUAACUCCACCUGGGCUCUCCUCAAUGGAAACUCAACUUUGGCUCCACCUAAUUCCACCUGGGCACCACCUCAAUGGAACUCUACUUGGGGUCCACCUAACUCCACCUGGGCACCACCUCAAUGGAACUCAACUUUGGCUCCACCUAAUUCCACCUGGGCACCACCUCAAUGGAACUCCACGUUGGGUCCAACCGACUCCACCUGGGCUCCUCCUCAAUGGAACUCAACUUUGGCUCAACCUAAUUCCACCUGGGCACCACCUCAAUGGAACUCCACGUUGGGUCCAACCGACUCCACCUGGGCUCCUCCUCAAUGGAACUCCACUUGGGCACCACCACAAUGGAACUCCACUUUGGGUCCACCCGACUCCGUCUGGGCUCCACCUAACUCCACUUGGGCUCCACCACAAUGGAACUCCACCUGGGCUUUUCCUUACUCCACUUGGGCUCCACCACAAUGGAACUCCACCUGGGCUCCACCUAAUUCCACCUGGGCACCACCACAAUGGAACUCCACCUGGGCUCCACCUAAUUCCACCUGGGCACCACCACAAUGGAACUCAACUUUAACUCCACCGAAUUCCACUUGGGCACCACCACAGUGGAACUCAACUUUGGCUCCUCCCAACUCCACCUGGGCUCCACCACAAUGGAACACUACUGUUGCUGGAAAUACAACAGAAGUAUCAAUCAACGCAACAGAGAGUGCACCAACUUCCGUCACUACUGAAAGCAUUACUGAUACUACCAGUCUACCUUGGUAUCAAAGAGUCUGGCAAAAGAUUGAAAAUAUUUUCUGAAUAUAAAUAAAAUUUAGCAGUUCUUUGAAAA